AUGGAGACGGCCCAUCCAACGGAGGCAGAAGAAAAUAGCAGCGAUGAAGCAGACGGACAACAAAGCAGUCCAAAACCAGCAAAGUCACCUGCUAGCAAGCUCAAUGACAACUGGACCUGGGAGAUUAUAUCUUGCUUUAUCUGUCUCGUUUGCCUGGCGUCCAUAGUUGCCGUGCUCCUGGAAUACGAUGGCGAACCAUUGCCUGAAUGGCCGUAUGGGAUCACUAUCAACUCCAUUCUCUCGUGGAUCACGCAGGUAUUUACGGCCUGUAUGAUUGGAGUAGUGGCAACCUGCCUCAGCCAGUCCAAAUGGAUCUAUUUCACAGACAGCGCCAGACCACUUGCAGACAUGAACUCGUAUGACUGGGCCAGUAGAGGGCCAGCAGGCUGCACAGUUUUCCUGUGGAUUUCCAGAAUGAGACAAUUUGCAACUCUUGGAGCUCUGAUCACCAUUCUGUCCAUCGGUACCGGCCCAUUCGUACAGCAAAUGGCCACCGUCAAAAACAGCCGGGUUCCUUCUGACAGCCCAGCAUCCAUAGCACGAACAGAAUCGUUUUUUGAAACAGAUAUAUGGAAUACUGAACCGAUAAAGUCAGAAAUGAAAUAUGUCAUCUACAACGCCAUUUUCUCCUCUUCGGACACUACUACAUCUACCAAUGCAGAAUCGACAUCAUUCUCCAGUUACAGCAAGCCGGACUGCCCAACGGGGGAUUGCAUUAUCCCGCGGUUUCAAUCGCUAGCUGCGUGCUCCUAUUGCAGCAAUGUUACUCACCUGCUGUCAGUUAAAGAAGGGCAAUCUCGGUGCGAUGGGAGACAAACGCCCCAGCGCGUAUAUUACCUCCCGAAUGGCCUCAAUGUCAGCGUUUCCUCCAACGGUACAGCCCUGCCUCUUGAUAGUGAUUGGUAUGUUAGCACGAGCACCAAAUCUGACAGAGACUCUUAUGGGCUGGAAGCAAUGGCUCUGCCGGGAACCAAGAACUUCGGAGACAGUGCUUUCAUGAACCUGUCCGCUAUUUCUGUUGAAGCGGACCUGGUAGAAGAACGUAUUGUCAAAGCCACUGCAAUGCAGUGCUCGUUGUACUGGUGCGUCAAUACAUAUAACGCAACUGUGAAGAAUGGAUCGACCUCUGAGCCCGUACUGGAGUCAUAUUACGACAACACGGCUUCCUUUUCCUACCGAUAUGCGAACCACGAGGACAGUACCAUUGUGCUUAACCCCCCGGUCAGCGGCAGUAUGGCCCCCGCUAAUUUCACCAUUGAGAAGAAAAGCAGCAACGGCCUCUCUCGAUGGCUAGCAGACAAAUUCCAGUUCAGAAAGGGGAACAGUCUGUGCGCCGAGACCGACGUUGGCUUUACAGGGCAUGGGACCGAUUUCAUUCCAUUUUUCGAAAAGCAGCCUCUCCCCGACCUCUUUGGAAGACUUGCAGCGGGGAUAACUACGUACAUUCGGUCUGCAAACGAAAUCGUCUUUGUUCCCGACAACCCAGAGUUCGGUAUGUAUACUCUCUCUCAUGGUGGCACCGAGCCCGCACAUGGUACAGCCUGGGCCGUGCAAACCCUACUCUACAUCCACUGGGGGUGGAUCACGCUUCCAGCAGUACUGCUCGUCCUAACCAUGGCCUUCCUUGUCAUCACUGCGUUGCAAAGCAGGAACAGAAGUCUGGACGUCUGGAAGUCAUCUACGCUUCCCCUGCUUUGUUCCGGAUUGGGCCUUGACUUUCAGCGAGAGCUUCGCGUGGCUGGUGGCCCAACGCAGGCUGAAGACGAGGCACAGCAAUUACACGUUAGAUGUGUUAUGGGUGUUGAGGGUCCUGAUCGGUGGAGGCUGGAUGUGAUGGAGAGGAAGACUAAUUAG